UAAGCACGGACCGCGACACACGCGCUGCGGGCUGCGUAAAAACUUUACCUUCGCCUUUUUAUUUUUUUUCACACGACAUUCGGCGGGAAAAUUGACAGUUGAUUUUUUUUUCAAGUGAUACUCUUUUGCCGGCCAGUUUUUAUAGACGUUUUUUAAGUGUGAAAUGAGUGUUUAGUUUUCGUGAACGUUUUAGCAAAAACAAAACAUUGGUGGUGUCAAGAUGACGUCGUUGUACAAUGAGGGCAAAUCAGUGAUCCGUCCGAUCGCGUUCAAGCCGCUGGGCGGGCGGCUGUCGGCGGGCGGGGAGCGCUACGGCUCGACCCCGGUGCUCGCGAGCCGCCCGCCCUCGCACAUGACGCUCUACGGCAGUGAGUACAACACUAGACACAGCUCAUCAGACGUACGCGAAGCCCGCUGGUGCGGCUCUCCGCAGCCCGCGUCGCUUUCCGCUCUGCCGCCCGCCUCGCUACCCGCUCCGCUCCACCAACGCCACCACUCCGCUAUUGUAACGAAGUCGAGUUCAGGACUGAGCGUGUCGGAGAGCAAGGAGCCGGCACCCGCGCCCUCGCCGGCUGAUUCCGGCGUCGCUGAACUAGAGAGGGAUCACCAUGACUAUAGUACAACCGACCGUCUCCGCUCGCACGACAUCCGUCUCCGCGCACCGCGAGCCCUCACGCUGCAAGGUUACUCCAGAACCAACGAGAGAGAUGCAGAACUGGCGCGGGUGCGACGCGAUCGUGCGUUGUUGCGACAACGACUUGAAGACACGGAGUGGAGUCUCUGCCAGAGAGCGGGGGAAAUCGCGCUGCUGAAGACCCAGCUUAAAGAUGCACAGAACGAACAAACCGCAAAAGGCCACGAGUAUCUCACCCUGAAAGCCGACUGCCGCCAACUACGAGAAGCACUCGACAAGAAGGAGAAAGAGAUAAUGAGACUCCGAGCAGAGUCAGAAGAAAAGGAAAAGAAUACCAACCGGCUGCAAUCCGAAGUCGACCGACUCACCAACGAUCUUAUGGAGAGCGUCGCCAACCUCUCUAAGACUAAAGAAGCAAGCAAAAGCGAGAUAGAUAAACUAAAGACCGAAUUAAAAGAACUACGGCAGGAGCUGUCUGAUGUUUCUUUAAGCGGUUACGAAGGGAUCGAAUGCGGAAGAACUAUGAGAGGGAUUUAUGACGUAUGCAAAACAAAUGAGUAUCACUGGACUUCAAGCGACAGCGCACUAGAAGACGCAGAGGUUCAGAGAUUGAAUGGAGAACUCCCGGACUCUUGCGGAGAACCCUGCCCCGCUAGCGCCAUGGUCGACAGACUCAAGUGUGAACUCGAAGCUAAAGAACAACAAUUCAACAACGAAAGAAGAAAGUGGUCCGAGGAGAAAGACAAAGUCCUCAGAUACCAGAAGCAACUACAACUUAACUACGUCCAGAUGUUUAGGCGCUCUCGUACUCUCGAAGCUGAGGUCGACAGCUUAAGACUUGAGCUCGAUCUUUGCAACAAAAACAUGAAGAACGUGAAACACGGAAAAGCUAUAGAAUUGUAACAGUACCAAAAUAUUUAGAGUUAUUAUUUAUCCAGGCCGUGUAAAUAGUAAUUUGCCUGAUAUCUUGCCUUUUGCGGUAGUUCUAAUGUUUUGAUAAUACUCGAUAGGCAAGGACUUAAUGUCACAAUUAAGUUACUAUUGUACAUUGAUAAGUUCAAGCGGAUAGAUUCAUGCUAUGUUAUGGGAAUACGCGUAUUUUAUGUAAGAGAGAUUUUAAGUUAUUUUAGAUUAUAAUAAAAGUAUUUUGAAAAUA